UAAAAAAUAAUCUGGCAACAGAGAAGUUGAUUCUUGCAGACGAUCCACGUUUCCCAAACGACAGGUCCGGCCGGUGCUGGUUUCAUAAUAUUUUCUAACCAUUUUGAAGUAAUUUUUCAUAAAAAUGGACCCAGGACAGAAUGACUUAAACUCAUCAGUGUAUUCUAACAGAAACUUGGCCCCCCUUUCACCGUAUCUGAACUUCGAUCCAUCAUACUUGCAGAGUAGUCAACCAGAAUUCAUCUUUCCCGAAGGAGCUAGUCGCCAUAGAGGACGUUUUGAAUUAGCAUUUUCUUCGAUAGGUGGGAUGUGCAUGAUCGGUGGAGGUAUUGGAGGUGUUACUGGUCUUGUGAGAGGAAUCAAAGACACAGCAGUAGCCGGUCACACUGGAAAGCUUCGAAGAACACAAUUGAUCAACUAUGUUAUGAAGCAAGGAGCUGGAACAGCAAAUACUCUUGGUGUUGUUGCUGUGAUGUACAGUGCUUUUGGAGUUGGCCUUAACUGGAUAAGGGAUACUGAGGAUGAAAUCAAUACAUUAGCUGCUGCCACUGCUACUGGUUUAUUAUAUAAAUCAACUUCAGGUCUGAAAAGCUGCAUGAAAGGUGGAGCAGGUGGUCUUGCUCUAGCUUUGGCAUAUUGUGCAUUCACCUCAAGAGAAAAACUUACUAGCUGGACUAGCAACUGAAUUUUAGGUUGUUUGAAUCAUACCUAUGUCAACGUCACCUAGUGUUUACUGUAAAGUUCUCCAAUAAACGUUAGUUUUUUUUGUUA